GUAGUACGGGAUGUUUUAGAAAGCUAAUAAAAAUCUGUUGUGAGAAUAAAGAUAAUGUAGCAAUAAAUUUGCUUGUAAAAUGUUAAAGAAAACUGUAAGUUAUGGAUGAAAAUGUGAUAAAUACAUAAAUCGCACCAUUGCUUUCUUGCGUUGUAUUAAAUGUCGUUCAUAUUAGGCUAUUUUGAUCGGUACUUGCUUAAUCUGAACGCCCCCAUAGGCAGGUUUGACGCAGCGCCAUCUAGCAGUGAUACGCGGAACUACAAUAGAAACUUCGCUGAUGGUAUAUUACCCUUGAAGUGUAAUCAAUUAAUUACCGAUAGAAUUCGGUCGGUACUUUGCACAUGUUCAUCAUAGUUCAGCAGUUUGUUGUUAGAUGGCGCUGUUAACUGCAUUUGUGGCGGUUUUUUUAAAAUUCAGUGUCGUCGGUCAAGAUGAGUUCUGUUAUCAAAAUCGUCGAUCAAGAAGAAUUCUGUUUGUACUUGUGAACAAAUGAUUAAUUCGCCGUGUGUAGCACUGUGCGUUCCACUAGUAUAUAUAAUUUGUGCACAUAGAACGUAAAUGUGAAUAUAACCUUUAAAUGUAUCGUGUUUCUUUUAAUAUCUGUUUUAUUAACUUUACAAUUUGUAAAAUUGUAAUUAGUUGUAAUUAAUAUAACACUAAAAAAUUAAUAAAGAGGAAAGUACCUAUUUCUCAAGAACAAGAAGAGAAUACGAAAAUAGAUACACUAAUCUUAAAAGUGUAGUUUCUAAACCAUUCUAGUUUAACUGUAUUUGUAAACAAAACUGCUGAUUUUGUUAAACAAAAACUUAAAUAAACUUUCGUUGCAUUGUAAAUUUGUCUAUAUUAACAUUUUAUUAAUUAACAAUGAAUGUUAAAUUAGACAAUAAUGAACCAACUGCAAAGAAAACAAAAUCCUCUGACGAUAUAAAUAAAAUUUUAUGUAACAUGACGGAUAGUUUAGAAGAAAAAGAUAAUAUAGACAAGAAUUCUGAAAUUCAAGAAAAUGUAAAUUUAAUGGACGAUGAAGUUGUAGAGACAACAUUAUUAGAUAACAAUGAGGAUGAUGGUUUAUUUUCAUUUCCUCCAGAUGACGAUAUUACAGACAUGGUGGAAGAAGUAGAAUAUGAUGGAUUUUUUCCUACAAUUACAGAUCGAUAUUUUACUGCUUACUAUAAAUUAAAUGUACAAGGCCCUGCAGAUGAUAUUUGUAUUUUAAUGCAUACUAAUCGUAUUUGUAUGCUUACCCUUGCACCGAGUCAUGCAGUUUUUCGAAGUGAUAUAGAAAUAACAAAAGUGGACUUUAAAGUCAGUGGUAAAUUAGAUAGAGUUUUAAAUAAAGUAUCAGGCAAGAGUAAACAUGGUGCACAACCAUUGCAAACUAAUUCUAAUAUUUGUAUAAUUACUUGCUCAAAUGGUAAAACAUACGCUAUAAAAUGUUGUAUAAUUGGAAAGUUGGUGGAAGUAAAUGAAGCGUUAUUAAAUAAUCCAAAACUUUUAUUGGAACCUCCACAUAAAGGAGGGUACUUAGCUAUAGUGCUUCCAAACAUAAAACUUUUAGAUAAAAUGAAGGGAUUUCUAUUAACGCAAGAACAAUAUGACUCAAAGAUGUUAGAGAGUCAAAAUGCUGAUAAUCAUUUUGAAAUAUCUAAAACAUGUGCAAAAAUUUUGUUAAACAAUGAUUCAGAAACCAUAAAUAAUGAUAAAAACCAAAUUAGAUGUAAUGAAAAUCUAAAUACAUUAUCUUCAAAUUCAGCUAAUAUACAAAAAUGUUAAUGAUUUGCUAUGUAUUUUUAAU